AUGACAGACAUCAAGAAACAUUUAUUGCUCUUGUUCGAUCGUCCUUACGAACCAAUUUUCACAUCACGGGGCGACAAUGUAACAAUUGAACUUCCCGCAACGUUUUAUACGACGAGAUAUCGCCCGAUGGCGACGCAAAUCAUGACCCGAGCUCGCGGAAGGGGAUCCAAGAUGAUCAGUGUGAAGGAUAUCACGACGCCUGAAAUUGAGGAUGUCAUGGAACUCCAAAGAAAUGACCAUUUUUCGCUUUUUGUGACGAAACAUCAGAAAUUGGCGGGAAAAUUAAUUGAUGUUUUUAUGAAAAUGACGGAUCCCGAAGACUUUUUCGCUGCCGCAUGUUACGCCCAUGAUCGAGUCAACCCAUAUUUGUUCCAAUAUGCCUUCGCCGUUGCCUUAUUACAUCGCGACGAUACACGAGACGUUCAAAUCCCAUCGCUAAUGGAGACUUUUCCCGGCAAAUUUGUCGAUUCCAACGUUCUUGGGCAACUUCGCGAAGAAGUUUUCAUCGUUGAUACGGCGUCUCGUGAAGCAGUUCGUAUUCCGCGUGAUUAUACCGCCUCCGAUAUCGAUCCGGAACAUCGUUUAUGGUAUUUCCGCGAAGAUCCCGGCUUGAAUUUGCAUCAUUGGCAUUGGCAUCUCGUGUAUCCCGCUGACUCUAAUACCCCUAAAAUGGUAGAAAAAGACCGCAGAGGCGAGUUAUUCUACUACAUGCAUCAACAAAUCAUCGCGCGAUACAACAUCGAACGCAUCGCCAACACCUUGACACGCGUAAAGUCCUUCAAUGACUUUAGAAAACCAAUUUCCGAAGGAUAUUUUCCGAAAAUGGACUCUUCUGUGGCGAGUAGAGCAUGGCCUGGGCGUGCAGAUAACAUUUCCUUGUCAGAUAUCAACCGAGAAACGGACCAAAUUCAACUACAAAUCGCCGAUUUGGAACUUUGGCGCGACCGAAUCCUCCAAGCGAUCGAUCAAAUGGCAGUUACAACCCCAAAUGGCGACGUAAUUCCCUUAAAUUUUGAUGAAAACACGGAUUUUGGGAUUGACAUCCUUGGAAAUCUCAUUGAAUCGAGCUCUUUAUCCGCAAAUCGUCAAAUGUACGGGCAAUUACAUAAUUUUGGUCACGUGAUCAUCUCGUACGUGAACGAUCCAAUAAAUAAACAUCUCGAAUCGGGCGGCGUCAUGAACGAUACGGCGACGGCAAUGCGAGAUCCGAUCUUCUACCGAUGGCAUUCCUUCAUAAAUGACCUUUUUGAGGUUUAUAAGAAAAAUUUGACGCCUUAUACGGAAGAACAACUCACCUGGCGAGGCGUUGAAGUGACUUCAAUCGACGUUUUGGGCAAAAAAGGCGCCAAAAACCAAUUCGAGACUUUUUGGAAUACGAGUAAAGUUGAUUUCGCGCGUGGAUUGGAUUUUCAACCGCAAGGCUCGGUGUUCGUUGAGUUCGAUCAUUUGAAUCACGAAGCAUUUUCGUAUAAAAUUCAAGUCGAAAAUCGAUCAGGAAAGCCUCAAAUGGGCAUUUUUCGUGUUUUUAUGGCGCCAAAGAAGGAUGAAUGCUUGAAGGACUUGAAAUUUAGCGAACAGCGCUUGAUGAUGAUUGAAAUGGAUAAAUUUAUUGUUCAAUUGAAUCCGGGGAUGAAUAUCGUGCAACAUGCUUCUACAGCGUCAUCAGUAACAAUCCCUUUCGAACAAACUUUUCGUAAUUUGGAUCAAAAUCGUCCUGAAGCGGGUACAGUUGAUGCUGCUGAGUUCAAUAUUUGUGGCUGUGGAUGGCCUCAACAUUUGCUCGUUCCUCGCGGAAAAUCGGGUUCUGGACAACAAUUUCAACUCUUCGUAAUGGUUUCGGAUUACGAAAAUGACAAAAUUGAUCAAAAACUGGUCGGUUCAUGUACUUUAGCAGCAACUUUCUGUGGCAUUCGAGAUGCUAAAUACCCGGAUAAGCGUCCCAUGGGGUAUCCUUUCGAUCGUGAAGCACGUGAAGGAGUUGAAAAUCUGGAAAAUUUCUUAACUCCAAACAUGGGAAUGCAAGAAGUGACGGUUGUUUUCCAUGAUGAGACACGAAAAAGACCUUCGAAGUCUUAA